AUGCGUUCUGUGUUCGGAUUAGUAGCUGUUGUGGUAUUGGCUACUCUAUACCUUUACCUGCUGUCUUCUUACCUUCCACCUGGACCUCAGUUACGACGACAAACGCGCGAAAAGGAUGAUGGAAAACCCGGAGAUGAUGAGAAUUCACGGAGUGACCCGGUUGCUGAGGAACCCAGGCUGAAGUUUCCUUCAGACCUGGAGGAACUCCGAGAACUGGCGGAGCUGUUACAGUUCUAUAAUACAGAGCACACGGGAUACGUCCUACUGCUCUUCUGUAGCGCAUACCUCUACAAGCAGUCUUUCGCCAUCCCCGGAUCCUCUUUUCUGAACGUCCUUGCCGGGGCCUUGUUUGGGCCAUGGUUCGGUUUACUGCUCGCCUGUGUCCUCGCCACUGUCGGCGCCACGUUCUGUUACCUUCUCUCUCAAGCCUUCGGUAAACGGCACAUCGUACGGCUCUUCCCUGAUAAGGUUGCUAUGUUACAGAAGAAGGUAGAGGAGAACCGGAGUAGCUUGUUCUUCCUCCUGCUUUUCUUGAGAUUUUUCCCCAUGAGUCCGAACUGGUUCCUAAACAUGACGUCCCCUAUCCUCAACAUCCCGGUCACCCUCUUCUUCCUCUCCGUCUUCAUCGGACUGAUGCCGUACAACUUCAUCUGCGUACAGACGGGCUCCAUGCUUUCCGAGAUCUCGUCUCUGGACGACCUGUUCUCCUGGCACACCGUCCUCCAGCUCUUCGCCAUCGCCUGCGUGGCCCUGCUCCCAGGGGCCCUCAUCCGCCGCUACAGCCGCAGACACCUCCGGCUGGACGGCCUGGACCGCAACGGACACAGCAGGACCAAGAAAGACAGCUGAGCUGGGUCCAGCGCCCUGAAUCUGAUGAAUCCUCUUUUUUGUUUGUAUUUUUUUUUUCUGUUUUUGUCGUUUUGUUUUUUUGAAAGUGGCUUUUAAGGAAACCAAACUCUGAAUGACAUUAGUACUGCCUUGAGAGGGCCAGACAGGGCCCCCUGGAGGUCUGCUCUGCCUUUGGAUUGUUGACGUUUAUAGAGUUCUGUUGCUGAAUAUUGGUGCCAGUGUUGAGAAGGUGUACACACAUAUGUAUAUGUAUAUGUGCGUGUGUGUGUUUGUCAGGUUUGUCUGUCAGGGUACAGUGCAAUCCAUUUUCCAACAAGUACAGUACUUCUUUGAGGGAUUUCUGCUGUGUUUGUUGAUUUUUAAUUUUUUGUUGUUGUUGUUGUUCUUUUUAAGACACUGAUCAAUAUAUUUUGUGACUCUCUAAGUGGAAUUACGAUGAUGUGCCUUUAGACAGUGAAGUCCAGUUGUGUUUUAACGUUCUACCUCAGUGGAGUGAACGCAGUGCUGGUGUUUGUUUGGCAAAGCCUUUAGCUUUCCAUUUCAAUGUAUUGGUGCACUGAAGUGAACGAAUAACAGUAUUUCACGGAGACGGGAUACUCAUUUUUUUGAAACAUUAACCAUUCAUAAAUUUCAAGC